AUCAGCCAGAACAAUUGUCCCCAGGUUAUCCCGCUCGGAUCACCUCCGAAGCUUAGCAGUAGUCAGUUAGUCCACUGUAUAUAGCCCAUCCAUAGCAACCCCAACAACAUACGUACUUUACUACAUCCUCCCUAACAGCAAACACCAAAUCUACCCCUCCACUUCCCAAAAUGCCCGAAAUCAUCGACGACAAAUCCCAACACUGCAUCCCGUUCCUCCUCGAACGCCUAAAAGCCCACCAAGCGCACCACCCCACCGAUACCCCGCCAUUCUUCCUCGGUCUGAAUGGCGUCCAAGGCGCCGGCAAAACCGUCCUGGUCUCCACCCUCCAAUCCACCCUCCGAUCCCCACCCUACUCCCUCUCCGUGGUCACUCUCUCCCUCGACGACCUCUACCUCACCCACGCCGAACAGCAGAACCUCGCCAAAACCCACCCCUCGAAUCCGCUCCUCCAGCACCGCGGCCAACCCGCGACUCAUGAUUUAGCGCUCGCGAAGGAGGUAUUCGCCUCUUUGCGAGCGGGCCGUCGUACGGCGGUUCCGGCGUAUGAUAAGUCUGCGUUUGCGGGGCAGGGGGAUCGGGUGCCGGAGGAGCAGUGGGAGGUGGUGAAUCGGGAGGGGGAGGAGCCGGUCAAGGUGGUGAUCUUUGAGGGGUGGUGUGUUGGGUUCCGGGCGUGGGAUGAGGAGGUGCUCCGGGGGAAGUGGGAGGAGGCGGUGCGGCGGAGGGAAAGGGAUGGGGAGGCGUAUAAGGGGAGGUUGGGGUUCGUGGAGUUUGAGGAUGUUAGGACGGUGAAUGAUGCGUUGAGGGGGUAUGAUUUGAUUACGGAUCAGUUGGAUGCUUUGAUUCAUAUAGAUGCGCAGGAUCUGCAUUUCGUCUAUGAUUGGCGACAGGAGCAGGAGAGGACCCUUCGCGCUGCUAAGGGAACCGGUAUGACUAAGGAACAGGUCACCCAUUUUGUUAACGGCUAUUAUCCGUCUUAUGAACUCUUCAGUGAAACCCUUCGGGAGGGUGUGUUUAAACCUGUCCCCCACGCUACUACUGCAUCUGCUCCAUCGACGGGGUGGGAAGGGAGGCAGCUUCGGUUGGUCGUGGAUAAGAACAGGAAGGUUCAAGAGGUUAUCAAGAUCUAGAGGGUUUAUUGUAUUUUUUCAGCCGAGGGAGUGUUGAAGGGGUUGUGAGGGACAUAUAUAUAUCUUGACAUAUGGGUACAUGUUGUUCUAUCCCAAGGUCAUUAGACUACUAGUUACAAGACAAAUAGAAAUAAAGAGACAAUUUGAAC